GUGGGAUGACAAUAGGAGGCCGACUGCGUGGUGCGUCCAACUUUUGGAGAAGGAAUGAAUGGGGGGACUGAUCGAAGAAUGUUGAUGGGUGUCGCGGGCGUACUGGUAGCCGGGGGGUUAGGACGUCAGGGGCGUGAGUGGAACGCGACGCCGAUUCAGGGGUGGUUGGAAAAAUGGGGAACUGAUCGGGAGCGAAUGCGGAUUGAAUGCUGGAUGCUGGGAGUGUUUGCAGGUUCGGAGGAUGAUGGGGGGGUGAUGUUGAAGUCAAAUGGGACGGGGUGUAAAGAUGAGACCGGGAUGGGAUGGGAUGGUGAUAAGGAUGGCGAUAGCGAUAGUGAGCGAGUAUAGCUCGUUUGGGCUCCAUUACCUGCACAACUAUAGGCAUCGAUAGACAUUUCUGAUACGUUCCCAUCGCAUUCCAUACGUUGGACUGAGUGGGUACUCCAUCAUGAUGGGCCAAUCCCGGUCGCAGCUGAAUGCAUGGGUGGCGCAAUUGCCAGCUUAUUGAAGCUGUACGCUAGUGGAUCGCACUCGAGAACAGCUUUGAUAAGCGGCCU